AUGGUAUCCCAACCCUAUGGUGAUAGGCUGGCCCUUCAGGCGGUACAACCUGCAGAUACAGGAAUCCACUUUACGAAGCGGAUUGAUGCAAGCAAACAGUACGGAGGUAAGAGCGUUACACGAGACACGUGGUUGUCUCACACAAACUCGCUUGAAAUAUAG